AGGAACAAGUGGAAAGGGAGAGUUGGCAUCGCCAGCACCGGCCACCACCUCGACAUUCAAGAGUUACAGUGGCAUACAAUGGGUCCGUCUGCUAUAGAAUGAGGGCGUAAGAACGAAGUGUGCAGCAGUACCAUUCCCAAGCCAACUGCCUACACGAUUAAUCUGAUCUGGAAUGGACAAUGGGAUGUUCUCUGGCUUUAUCAUGAUCAAAAACUUCUUCCUCUUCUACGUUUCCAUGAGUUUAGUCAGUCACUUUGGCUUCUCGCAAAUGCCAACAGCUCCGGCGAAGGAGGACACCAAUGAUAACAUCACCAUAUUCACCAGGAUCUUGGACGGCCUGCUGGACGGCUACGACAACCGGCUGCGCCCGGGACUGGGAGAGAGAAUAACUCAGGUGAAAACAGACAUCUAUGUUACCAGUUUUGGUCCYGUGUCAGACACAGAAAUGGAAUACACCAUUGACGUUUUCUUCCGGCAAAGCUGGAAGGACGAAAGGCUUCGAUUCAAAGGACCCAUGCAGCGCCUGCCGCUCAACAAUCUGCUUGCCAGCAAGAUCUGGACCCCUGACACCUUCUUCCACAACGGCAAGAAGUCUAUUGCUCACAACAUGACAACUCCAAACAAGCUUCUGCGCCUCGAGGAUGAUGGCACACUGCUCUAUACCAUGAGAUUGACCAUCUCUGCUGAAUGUCCUAUGCAGCUGGAAGAUUUCCCCAUGGAUGCACAUGCUUGUCCAUUAAAAUUUGGAAGCUAUGCCUACCCCAAUUCUGAAGUGAUCUAUGUGUGGACUAAUAGCACCACAACAUCUGUGGUGGUGGCAGAAGAUGGUUCACGACUCAAUCAGUACCACCUGAUGGGACAAACUGUAGGAACUGAAAACAUCAGUACGAGUACAGGUGAAUAUACUAUUAUGACAGCACAUUUUCAUCUGAAAAGAAAAAUCGGUUAUUUUGUCAUCCAGACAUACCUUCCUUGCAUUAUGACUGUGAUCUUAUCACAAGUGUCAUUUUGGCUAAACAGAGAGUCUGUCCCUGCCAGAACUGUCUUUGGAGUAACAACAGUCCUCACCAUGACCACCUUAAGUAUCAGUGCCCGCAACUCUUUGCCAAAAGUGGCCUAUGCUACUGCAAUGGACUGGUUUAUAGCUGUCUGCUACGCGUUUGUAUUCUCUGCAUUGAUUGAGUUUGCAACGGUCAACUACUUCACCAAGAGAAGUUGGGCAUGGGAUGGCAAGAAAGCUCUUGAAGCAGCUAAAAUCAAGAAGAAAGAGCGUGCAUUACUGGGAAAUAAAUCAGCUAACACUUACACCACUGGAAAGAUGACCCCCACACCAAACAUGCCAAAGGACUCAGCUCCAUCUGUCAUCUCAAACACUGUCACUGCUCCAGUGAAAUCUGCAGAAGAAAAGCCUGCUGAAAGCAAAAAGACUUACAACAGCAUCAGUAAGAUUGACAAAAUGUCCCGGAUAAUUUUUCCAGUGCUGUUUGGAACUUUUAACUUAGUCUACUGGGCCACAUACUUAAAUAGGGAGCCUGUCAUUAAAGGUGCCAAUUCUCCAAAAUAAACUGAAGGACUCUAAAUCUACAUGUGAGCCAUACUUACAAAGCAGAUGCUACCAAGGAAAAUUUGAGAUCCAGACGACUUUCUACAUUUGGGCAAUAUUCUUCAGGAAGUUUUGCAUGUUUAAUAUGUACAAAUAAUAUUGCCUUGAUUGUUUCUACAUGUAACCUCAAAUGUUUCGAAGAUGGUUAUAUUACUUACUUACAGCAACAGAUCUUUAUAAAAGGUCGGAAGACAUUGAACGUGGCUUCUUUGCUGCUGAGUAUCUUGCAUUGAUAGUUUACAAAUAAAAUAAGUUAUAUUUUUUAACUGUUCAAGUGUACUACAUAUCGUGGUUUUUAUACUUCAGAUGUACAGUCAUAUAAAUGUAAGCUUAAGCUAUAUUUUACAGAAGAGCUCCACUAUUGUCAUCUGAUAGGUUACUAUGAGCAACAUCAGUUGUAAAAGUGCCAAAUUAUCAAAUGUAGGGCUCUGUUUGAGCACCUUUACUGAUUAUAGAUAGCAYAUUACUCCACAAAUAAAAAUGCAAAGCCCAAUUUUCAUUAGCAGAAGUUAAUGCACUAAAUCCUAACGGGGCUAUGCUGAUUUUCACUGCUGGAGCUUCUAGCUUGCAGUGAAGUAACAGAGGGAGCAAGAUACUGCUUGUGUAAAUAAAGGUAGUGGAAUCUUGCCCUUAAGAAAAAAUAAUACAUGUUUGUAUUGGGUUUUUUUUCUUUUUUGCAUUCCAAAGGAAUUUUCUCUGAUGAUUCUCAGUAUUUAUUCCAAAAAAUUAGAGAUAUAUUGCAUGAAAUUAUCUUUAACAUAGAUUAGGAGCAUAUUUGUGCAAAUAAAACUUUUAACAAAAGCAGUAGACAUUUUUAUUAGGAUAAAGUAACUCAUUUUUGGACAUUUUCCCAAGAAAUGGGAUGUUAUAUUAGUAGAGCUCAAUAGUAAAGAAUUACAAUAAUUCUGAAAUAAUUAUUACUUGUUUCCCAGAGUGAAAACCAAUCAGCCAGCACAAAGAAAGGUUAUCAGGAAAGAGAUAUGCUUUAUGACAGCAAGGUGUUUCAAUGACAAUAUUGACA